AUGCGGGUAGCUACUGUAGACACGGAGCGGCUGCACACGCCACACCUCUGUGGCGCGCUAUCGUUUAUCCGAAGCAAAUCGGGGAGGAAUUGCCAAGUCCUGUACUGCAACGGAAAGAGUGCGGCCAACUUGACAGCUGGCGAGGUCUAUGCAAGUGGAGUUCACCACUUCUGCCGGUACGACCGAACAUUCAAGGAGGCAGACCCAAAGUUUGGUUUGCACGACGACGAUGCUGGCUGUUCCCACCCGGACUGCUGUGUCCAGGAACGAAGCGCUUUCGUUCUGCACUUUGACAGCCCCAGCUUCACGGAAUGGCGGGACAAGUUCGCCCUGCGCGCAAAAGCCUCAAUGACGGAAUUGGACGAAGAGGAGAUGCAGCUCUUCCCUUUCAAGAAGGCCUCAGUCCAGGCUUUCACAAAAGCCGAGAAGGCGGCAAAGCAGAAGCAAAUCUACCGCCACUGGCGAUGUCUGCCUGGACGCAAGGAGGAUGAAUUUCAUCCCAGGAUCACCGGCGCUAGCCUCGAGGAGGAGUUCCAGCGCCUGCUUUCCCAGGUGAAGUGUGCGUGGGGGCCACGCUUUGUGAGCCCGGACCAGAGCGGCAACGAGCAAGAAAAGAGCCGCAAAGUCGCAGGGUCCAAGCGGGGCUCGACGGCAUUCCCUCCAUGGGGCACAGACCUCAGUGAAGCCUUGCGGCUAAUGCAGUCUGAAGGUGUGGUCUUUGCACUCCAAGAGCUCAUCACUACAAGAGGCGUUACGGAGAACACCGAAGCUGCCGAGCUGAAUCGCACUGCCGGAUGCGAUACUGAGAGCUCCUGCUACAGGAUUCCCAGCAUGCCCUGCCCAGCACUCGGUCACGGCCAGAAUCCUGGCGCGCGCGGUGCGAAGAGGCGCAAAGGGGCCAAGCCAGAAGCUCCUGCGGACAGGUCCGAAGGCCCGCGUGCCGCUGCCGAAGCCGAAGCCUUCGGCUCCGAGGCGCGACGAGAUCCCGAGACAUCCCGGCAGCCGGCAGCGGAGGUUGCCGUCGCGAAGAUGCCAAGCGAGGCCCAGGAAGGCCCUCUCGUUCUCGAGGGGCCAUCCACUGCAAAGCGGCACGAGGCAACUAGGCCUCGGCCGGAGGAGGCGGAGCCCGCGGAGGCUCCCAGCGGCGGCCUGGACUGGGAGAUGGAGGCGACGCUGCCGGCGCUUGCCGCCCAGCUCCGGCGCGGGGAGGCGGCCGCGACCAGUAGUGCGAGGCGGAAGAAGGCAGCGGUGGCACCAGAAUCCAGUUGGCAGGUGGAGGAAGCUGAGGCUCAGCCGUCCUUGCCGGCUCCGCCAAUCUCACCGGCAGCACAGGCAUCUCCUGCAUGGCAAACAUCAACGAGCGAGGCAUCGCUCCAUCUGCCCAUAUCUCACGAGACAGGCUCAUCACAGACGUCAAAGUCGACCUGGAAGCUGGAAGAGGCUGACAUCUUCUCUCCACUUGCUCAUGCCAUUGAGACCGAGAAGGCAGCAGACGACAACUCGCCCUUGUCCGAGCCCAUGGUGCAGACUCUCCCGAAGGCACCGGCUUUCCCGUCAGACGUGGAGGUGUCCACGAGCACGCAGCUGAUGCUUCUGACUUGGGCCCGAUGGGGCCGCAAUGCCUGGCGAAUCAAGCAGGAAGACCAGAUCAAGCAGCUUCAGCACAGGCGCUUUCCUCGCACGCCCGCGCCACCGCGAGAGCCCUUGUCCCCACAGCCGACACCACGGUCGACGCCGCGAGAGUCGCCCGAGACGGAGACCCCAGGCUCGUCUCCCGGGAGUUCCCCUGCCUCGUCCUCGCGGCCGCGGACGGGAGCGGCAGCCUGGAGAGCCGGUGGCGAGUUAGGCAUGGGCACCACCGUCCACAGCCGAGAAGGGCGCGAGGUCCGGGAAGGCCGCGACGACCGUGGCUUCGCCUUCGCGGAGUUGCGAGAGGAGCAGCGAGAUUCCAUGGCUCAGCAGGGUGCCAGGACAAAGCUCGUCCGUGCUUUGGGCGGAAGUGCCGCCACUGCUCACAGCACUGGCACCCCUGGCUUUGGUGUCGACACACCGGGCUUCCCAGGGGCAAGUGGUGCGGCUUCUGCGGAUGCAUCGGUUGUGAGCAGUGGCGUGGCGAGUCCGGUCAAGGGCGGCCAGAUGUCCCCUUGGAUCCUGGAGGCGGAGGCUCUCUGCGAGGAAACCGACGAGGAUGUUUCUCCAGGAGGCGGAGGAGGUUGGAGCCUGGAUCCUGGGUCUGACAACCUGCUCCUCAGCAUCGAAGAGGAACUCCGGCAGCCUCGCAAAGAGAAGGUGGAGGAGCACCCGCAGCCCACAGAGCCAGCGGUGCAGGCCAAUGAUGACCAGGUCUUGGACGAGGAUGAGCUGCAACGGGUGGAGAUGUUUGAGGAAAGCCCCAGCAAGAAGUCGGCACAGGAGCAGAGUUCGCCUGCCCACGAUGCCGCAAGAGCUGCUGAGGAGAAGCUGCCCGCCAAGGACGAUUCGGCGCAUCAGCCCUUCGAGUACAUGGUGGGCGAGAAGGUCUCCUACUAUUCCAGCUCUCACGGGGCCUGGAUGCCGGCUCGUAUCGUGGAGCGAAAGAGCAGGACUAUCUAUGUCAUCGACAAGCAGAUGCGCGGCUGCUUGGCCAAGGUCCGUGCUUCGGAGCUGGUCUCCGAGAGGGAGGAGGAGAAGAACCCGGUUCUGCGAGCUUUCGACGUUCUGGAAGUCCGUGCUCCUUCCAACCGACCAACCAGGCCGACGAGUGCGACGAGGAGCGGCUCGAGUCCGAAAGGUCGUUCUGGCAGCCCAUCGGCAGCUCCCACCCGGGUGCCGGGCAACCGAGGGCGCGUCGUGCGAGAUGACUUCAGCGAUGAUUCUGAUGACGGCUGA